AUGGCCGGGGGUUCCAAAAGAUACAAGAAAGAUAGUAAUUAUGCGGAGAGAAAAGGUAAAAGGAAAAAGAAGGAAGAUGAAGAAGAAGUAUUUGAUGAAGAUACUCUUACCGAUGUAAAUGUUGAAGAUGGAGUACCUGAUGCAGCUAAGAAAAAUGUAGAAGCUAGUGAUGUAGGUCUGGAAGAUGAGUUUGGAGCCAAAGAUUAUAGAAAACAGCUGAUACUUAAAAGUGAUUUUGGAAAUAGACCUUUAUAUGUGGGACCUAAUGGACAUAUUUUUCUUGAAUCAUUUUCUCCAGUUUAUAAGCAUGCUCAUGACUUCUUGAUAGCUAUAGCAGAACCAGUAUGCCGACCUGAGCAUAUUCAUGAGUAUAAGCUGACUGCUUAUUCAUUAUAUGCGGCUGUUAGCGUAGGUUUAGAAACCAAUGAUAUCAUUGAAUAUUUGAAGAGACUGAGCAAAACAACUAUUCCGAAUGGAAUUGAAGAAUUCAUCAAACUGUGUACACUUUCAUAUGGAAAAGUAAAAUUAGUGCUAAAGCAUAACAAAUAUUUUAUCGAAUCGCCAUUUCCUGAUGUUCUUCAAAAACUAUUGAAGGAUCCUGUUAUACAAGAAUGUAGGCUGCGUCGGGAUGCUGAAUUGAUAACCCAAAUUGAUGAAAAGAAAACAGCUCCAUCUUUUGGUGCUAAGCCAAUUACUAGUGCUCCCGAACAAACUGAUGUAACAACUGCAGAAGCAGUUCCAGAAGAUAUAUCUGAUUUUUACUCAAAAAUGGAUAAAGCUGAUGAAGAAGACGAUGAAGAUAAUCAAACAAGUACUGUUUCAUUUGAAGUUAAUCAGGAAAAAAUAGAAGUAAUACAAAAGAGGUGUAUCGAACUCGAGUAUCCCCUGCUGGCUGAGUAUGAUUUUCGGAAUGACACAGUUAAUCAAGACAUAAAUAUAGACUUAAAACCUUCAGCUGUCUUAAGACCCUAUCAAGAAAAGAGCUUGAGGAAAAUGUUUGGAAAUGGUCGAGCCAGAUCUGGAGUUAUUGUUUUACCUUGCGGUGCUGGAAAAAGUUUAGUUGGUGUCACUGCUUGUUGUACAGUAAGAAAAAGAGCUCUUGUUCUAUGUAACUCUGGAGUCUCAGUAGAGCAAUGGAAACAACAGUUUAAAAUGUGGUCUACAGCUGAUGAUAGCAUGAUUUGUCGAUUCACUUCUGAAGCUAAGGAUAAACCAAUGGGAUGCGGUAUACUUGUCACAACAUAUUCUAUGAUAACUCACACUCAAAAGAGAUCAUGGGAAGCAGAACAAACUAUGAAAUGGCUUCAAACACAAGAAUGGGGAAUUAUGGUUCUAGACGAGGUACAUACGAUUCCUGCGAAAAUGUUCAGAAGAGUAUUAACCAUUGUUCAAUCGCACUGUAAACUUGGUCUUACUGCCACUCUUCUCAGAGAAGAUGAUAAAAUAGCAGAUUUAAAUUUUUUGAUUGGUCCAAAGUUAUUUGAAGCAAAUUGGUUAGAACUUCAAUCUCGUGGUUACAUAGCCAGAGUCCAGUGUGCCGAAGUUUGGUGUCCCAUGACUCCAGAAUUCUAUAAAGAGUAUUUACAAUGUCGAACUUCAAAGAAAUUGUUGCUGUAUGUUAUGAACCCAAACAAGUUCCGAGCUGCUCAAUUUUUAAUCCGAUACCAUGAGAAAAGAGGUGAUAAAACAAUUGUCUUCUCAGAUAAUGUUUUUGCUCUUAAACAUUAUGCUAUAAAAAUGAAUAAACCAUACAUUUAUGGUCCUACAUCUCAGAGUGAAAGAAUUCAGAUACUUCAGAAUUUUAAGUUUAAUCCGAAAGUCAACACAAUAUUUGUGAGUAAGGUUGCUGAUACAUCUUUUGAUUUACCAGAAGCUAAUGUAUUGAUUCAAAUUUCUUCACAUGGAGGGUCGAGAAGACAAGAAGCACAACGUCUGGGCAGAAUUCUUAGAGCAAAGAAAGGAGCAAUUGCUGAAGAAUACAAUGCUUUCUUCUAUACAUUGGUUUCCCAAGAUACCAUAGAGAUGGGCUAUUCCAGGAAGCGACAAAGAUUUCUUGUUAAUCAAGGUUAUUCCUAUAAAGUCAUUACAAGACUUGCAGGCAUGGAUGAGGAUCAGGAUUUGCUUUACAAGACACGAGACGAACAAGGGCUACUUCUCCAGCAAGUUCUAGCAGCUUCCGAUAUUGACGCUGAUGAAGAGCGAGUUCCUGGCGAUCCAACCCAUGGGGGUCGUUUUGGUGGAGCAAGGAGGGCCCAUGGUUCCAUGGCAUCCAUGUCAGGAGCAGAUGAUGCUGUUUACAUGGAGUACAAGAGGCCUGCUAGCAAGCAUCCUCUUUUUAAGAAAUUCAGAGGAUAG